GGGCGGCGAGGGAGGCCGACGGGCCUCACGUCAAGGAAAUGAACGAGGUACUGAAGAGCAUGCUUUCAGAGUGGUUCUCUACAGGUUUCCUAAACUUGGAGCGAGUCACCUGGCAGUCACCUUGUGAAGUGCUUCAAAAGAUUAGUGAAGCUGAAGCUGUUCACCCAGUUAGAAACUGGGUUGACAUAAAGCGUCGAGUUGGGCCAUACAGAAGGUGCUACUUUUUUUCGCACUGUGCAAUUCCUGGGGACCCAUUGAUAGUCUUGCAUGUAGCACUGACUGAUGAAAUAUCCAGCAGCAUCCAGGCAAUUGUGAAAGAAGUUUCACAUACAGAAAUAGAAGAUAUGAACAAAAUCACUACAGCAAUUUUCUAUUCAAUCAGUUUGACUCAGCAGGGGCUGCAGGGUGUAGAGCUGGGAAAUUACCUCAUCAAACGAGUUGUUAAGGAACUUCAGGGGGAAUUUACUCAGAUAAAAGUGUUUUCUAGUCUGUCACCUAUCCCUGGAUUCACCAAGUGGCUUAUUGGACUUCUUUCUUCACAAACAAAGGAACUGGGAAGAAAUGAACUGUUUACGGAUUCAGAGUGUCAAGAAAUCUCUGAGAUCACAGGAGGUCCUGCAGUUGAAACUCUAAAGAGGCUCUUAACUAACAAUGAAUGGGUGAGAUCCGAAAGACUGGUCCAAGUAUUGCAGUUGCCUUUUAUGAGGCUCUGUGCUUGGUACCUGUAUGGAGAGAAGCAUCGUGGUUAUGCUCUUAAUCUGGUAGCAAACUUUCAUCUACAGAACGGAGCGGUGAUGUGGCGGAUUAACUGGAUGGCAGACACAAGCCCCCGGGGUAUUACUGCCUCCUGUGGCAUGAUGGUGAAUUACCGAUACUUCUUAGAGGAUACAGUCAGUAACAGUGCAGAAUAUCUCUGGACAAAACACAUAAAAGCCUCAGAGCAGAUGCAGAAGUCCUCAGAGAUAAGGAGAGGCUGGUUUCCUGUUCCCAGUCCAUGUGCCUGGUGCCAUAACUGUUGGCUGGCAAGAGAAACAAGUGCAAGAAGAAUAACAAAAGGCGCAUCCCUGACGCAGCUCCCAGGCAAAUUGCGAAUUCCUACUUUCAAAGGAUGGAGGUCCUUAAGACUCAUAGCAAGAGGAGGAGGAGGCGGCACCAUCUUUGUGAAUAUUGGCUGUGGCAAUGAGCGGUUUUACCUUACCAUGGAGAAGUUACAAACCUCAGAGCACUUGGUGCACUCCAGACAGUUUCCUGUAAAACAUAAGAAAGUGUGUUGGACUGAGAAAGAGAGACAGAGCACCAUGCAGUUGAGGGAAGAUGUGGUGCUGUGA